CUUGUCGAACUGCUUACUAAUCAAGUAUUUCAUUAAAAUAGAAGUUUUAAAUUGAAAAAUCACUUGUUAAUAGUAGUAAAACAACAGCUCGGCUAUCUUUCAUUGAGGUUUAUCCACAUUUCAAGCAGACUUGACUAUAUUCUUUCCAGUCCGUGUAAAAUUUUGCCGUCUUGAGGCGAAACAUCAUCAGCAUGCAGACCGACACUGCAGCCCUUCCUGCGGUGCGAAUCCCCGUUGACAAGCCGGUGCGACUGGUCGGCAUCAGCCACAGUAAUAACAGUAAAAGCUUGAUCGACCACGCCUCGUCAGCAGAGAACAUCCACGAAGCCGCGGAGAUUGUCAGCCAGAAUGUGGCUGGAAUACUGGCAGAUGCACAGUACUACAAAACGGGGCAUCUACGAGAGGAAUUGGUAGCCUUGAGACAAGACGUUCAGGAGGUAUCCAGAGACAGAGCCUAUGAAGAAACGCGUGAUAACUAUCACCAUCACUUCUGGAGAGCAGACCAUGAAUCAGAAAAUAAAUAUUUGAUUACCAAGUUAUCUGAAAUAGCGCAUGCCUUGAUUGACUUCAAGGGAGACUGUUGCAAUGUGAGUCGAGGAAGACAGGCUCUGGAUGAAGCCCACCUUGAGACAAUGUGCACCAAACAUCUGUAUGAAAUGAGGAACUUCAGAAGGGAAAUAGCUCCUUAUGUGAACACAGGCAUGGACCGAUCCCGUACAAUACCCCGUCUCGCAGCACCGAUCACCACCGGCUUGGAAUGGCAUGAGUACAUGUCACCGUUGGAUAACCCUGACCGCAGACGUCCGCUUCCGAACGAGUGCACAAUAACGAGAAGAGAAACCAUCCAUCCACGGACCGAUCCCCCAACUGUCAACGGUCACAUAUCAGGGGUCCAUAUCAUCCCGAGUCAGUUUGCUGUCCCGGAUUAUUCUGGGAGACCUGGAGCUAUGAAUUCAGGUACGGAUGCCACGCUGUCCGUGAUGGGACGUUACGGCGGGAGACAGAUGUAUGAGCAAUCCAUCAAUGGCAGGAGACGCCCUCUGGAUCAGCAAGUACAGUCCGUGUCCAGCAGAUACACACACAAAGAUGGUUUCUGUGCAUAGUUCCAACGUCAAGAAGGGAAUAUUUAAGAUUGUAUACGAGUUUUGGUUUUACCCGUGUGUAUUAGAACUGCACACUCGAGCUCUGUGAACAAAAUCAAGGUAAUAAAUACCCGGUUGGGAUUCGAACCCAUAACCUUUGCAAUACUACAGCAGUGUCUAGUAUUGUAGUUUGACAAAGAGGAAACAAAGCGAAUUGGGAGGUUUGGAAGGUCUUACAAUAGAUGGAUUGCACAAGACGUCAUUGACCACCAUCUUUUAUGAAAAACAUAGGAAAAAAUGCACGCGUGUACACGCGGCAAAUCAUUCUCAGCCAAUGAUAGCGUUUUGCACUUGCACGUUUCAUCAUUGAUGACGGUUGGUGCAGGAAGUCUAUUCUGACUAUUCUGCAACCAUCUGUAGUUGGAUUCCCAGUAUCCAGAUGUCAUUGAUAGUUCUUAUCUUAUUUCAUCCCAAGGUGCCAGACUAUUUCCAUCUCCAAGCCUCAUUAUGGAUGUACAUUGGAUUGAAGCGUUCGCUUAUCCUCAUUUUGUAUGUAAUUAUUAAAGUAAACACAAGGUUAAAGUACACAAGGGUAAACCACAAGACCUACAGCGGACAUUAUUUGUCCAGCUAUACUAAAAAAAAUAAAGAAUGAAACAAUUUUAACCUUGAAAUCAUGUGCCAUUUAGAACAUUUGGUUUGGGUGGUCUUUUUAUAAGUAAAUAUAAAUAUUAAUAAACAACAACAAAAAUUCAAUCAUGUAUUUCAAAUUAAAGAGCUGUACAUUUCUAUAAACGUAGUAUGUUGUAACUUUUAUGAAUUCUAAGCUGUUGUAAAUGUGUGCACAACUGAUUGAAUGAUAAUUGCUUACUUGUGAUCAAAUCCUUUACCAGCAUUGACAUGAAAUCAGACAAUACUGUUAUAUUCCAUAUCAUCUGUUAUGAAAUAAAAUGAUAGAUUUGUGACAAAGA